AUGGUAAUGCUGAGCGACCAUUCCAUGCGUGCCAGCCUCCAAGUGGCCCCUCUCAAGCUUCACAAAUCCAGGUCUUGCGAUGCUCUGUCUUCGAAACAGGAUCACUACAAGUCGAACCCAGCAUCACACAUGACACCACCCGCGACACCCAAUGGCUCGCAGGAAGACCUGGCAGCGGACCAGCUGCCGCCGCCGGUCUUCCACAACUUCCUGCGAGCCUUUUAUCCUUUCCAUCCAAGCUACGCCAUGACCGACUCGAGCGUUACUCUCCCAUUGAACGAGGGAGAUGUUAUCCUGGUGCACUCAAUUCAUACCAAUGGAUGGGCCGACGGAACCCUGCUGGUAUCAGGCGCAAGGGGAUGGCUUCCGACAAACUACUGCGAGGCAUACGACCCGGACGAGAUGAGGAACCUUUUGAAAGCACUGCUCAACUUUUGGGACCUUCUGCGAAGCACAUCCAUCAACGACAGCGAGAUUUUCGGAAACCAAGAAUUCAUGAAGGGUAUCAUUGCCGGAGUACGCUAUCUUUUGGAACGCACGCACUGCUUGACCAGGGAGUCGGCUAUCAUCACCCGCAAUGAAAGCCUGCGACGCGCACGCAAGACUCUGCUAUCAGAGUUGUCGGCCUUGGUGAAGACUGCAAAACGUUUGCAGGAAGCCCAGAAGGGCGCCAGCCAGUCAAAAGAAGAUGUCAAUGAUAUCAUUGAUGAAAUGAUCCUGAAGGCUUUCAAGAUUGUCACCAAGGGUGUAAGGUUUUUCGACAUCCUCGAGGAUGAUCGCAGGCAACGCGCUCCCGCAGUGACUGUAAUGGCUACCGUCAUUGAGGAAUCCUACAUCCCACCGACGCCACCUGCAGAUCAGAUCAAGUUCGAUGCAACUCAUAAUGCAGCUUCCCGAGGACCGACAAACGUCACACCCACCCGGGGUACGCCCUCGCAAUCAAGCAAUGCGGCACAAACGUCGAACGCACCGAAUAGCAGGCGACUUUCGACUCUCCAGUCUCCCGCUAGUCCCAACUCGCACCGCAUGUCUCAGAAUGCCAAACGGCUGUCAUCCAGCAUCUCACAUCGCGUCUCAUUGGCUGGCCCUUCUCCGCUGUCAAGACCGCAUCACCUUGUCUCGGAACGCCUCAACAAAAGCCACGAUACGUUCUUGUCCCACCUGGGCUCCUUCAUUGGCCGUCUGCACUUGCAGUCCCAGUCUCGGCCGGAGUUGGCCUUCGCCAUUAAACUCUCGGCGACGUCUGGUGGAGAACUGUUGGCUGUUGUUGACAUCGUCUGCGACCAGACCACCAGCUCUGACAUGCUGCUCCGGGCAAGGGAUAUGAUGUUUGAGCGCAUUCGGGAACUGGUAACAGCAGCAGGUCAGAUUAUUCGACAUGCAGCAUUCCAGGACGCCGACGUAAUCAUGCCCCAGGAUAACAGCUUGCUGCUGAUGGCUGCGACGGGCUGUGUGAAGGCCGCCGGCGAGUGUGUAGCCAAGACCAAGUGGGCGAUUGAGCGUGUGGGUGACUUUGAAUGCGAGUUUGAGGCUGGCGAGCUGGGCAUCGAUCUCAGCGUCUUGGACGUUGCUCUUGAGCCGCAAUACCGUCGACCAUCAAUCGCACCAUCCGUUGCAGAGACGACAACGACGGAGGCGACCAGUGUAGCGGGGUCGACGAGGAGCUCUGACUCCGCUCAGUCCGUUGUGCCGCCAACGCCCCCCCACCACCAGCAACGGCCGAGUCUCGUCGCCAACGACAAGCCACUGCCUCAACUACCGCCGGUCGAUGGCACUGAACCACACGGUCAUAGACGUCGGCCCUCGUCUCAGAACUCUUCUGCACCCAACUCGCGACCGUCUUCAGCCAAUAAUGACAAUGUUGCGGGCAUGGUGUCUUCAGUAUCGUCGAUGCGGCCGACGCUCCCGCCUCUCCCCAAACUGUCUACAUCCCUGCUCCCGGGAGAUGAGUACAGCCCCAUCGAAAACCAGGAUGGCGACUACAACAAUUCCUCCCGUGUUGACAGUAUGGUUGCCUCGAGCGCCGGCAGCAGCAGCACUUAUCUCAGCCGAGACUCCGAGGCCAGCUUGGUCUCCCAAACAUCUACGCGCGCAACCACUCCGGAUCACUCUCUGGCACCAAAACUCAAGCCGUCCAUGUCAGAGCUUAGCAACGCCGGAAGCGCAAACGCCAACAACGAAGAAGUCGACGAUGUCGAGUCUAAGAUGCUUGAGAGGACAUAUGCGCACGAACUCAUUUUCAACAAAGAGGGCCAAGUCACUGGAGGCUCACUUCCGGCUCUUGUCGAGCGCCUGACAACACACGAAUCUACUCCCGAUGCGACCUUCGUUUCAACCUUCUAUCUCACAUUCCGAUUAUUCAGUAGCCCUCUCAAGCUGGCUGAGACUCUCAUCGAUCGAUUCCACUACGUCGCCGAGGCUCCUCAUAUGGCCGGCCCAGUCAGGCUGCGUGUAUACAAUGCUUUCAAGGGUUGGCUCGAGUCGCACUGGCGCGACGAGACGGACCGUGAGGCCCUCAGUCUCAUUGGGCCGUUCGCGGAGUACGAGCUCGGCGCGGUGUUGCCCUCCGCUGGUCGGCGACUUCUGGAACUUGCCCAGCGCGUUGCCAAGGACAUUGCCCUCGUCCCACGCCUUGUGUCUUCCAUGGGAAAGACAAACACGUCCAUUGCGCAGUACAUCCCGGCCGACACACCGCACCCACCUUUGGCGCUCACAAAGAGCCAGAUUCAACAGCUAUUUACGUGGAAGAACGGAGGCGGCAAUCCUACCGUCUUGGACUUCGAGCCACUCGAAAUCGCCCGCCAGCUCACCAUUAGGCAGAUGAACAUUUUCUGCUCCAUCAUGCCCGAGGAGCUACUUGCAUCGCAGUGGAUGAAGAAGGGCGGUGUCGACGCACCCAAUGUCAAGGCAAUGUCGGCUCUGUCCACUGACCUAUCCAACCUCGUCGCCGAGACGAUCCUGCAGCACUCGGAAGUCAAGAAGCGUGCCGCUGUUAUCAAGCAGUGGAUCAAGGUUGCUCAUCAAUGUCUUGAACUCCACAACUAUGACGGCCUGAUGGCCAUUAUUUGCAGCUUGAACAGCAGUACGAUCAGCCGUCUUCGCAAGACCUGGGACAUUGUUUCUGUCAAGCGCCGUGAGAUGCUUCGCACUCUACAGGCAAUCGUCGAGCCUGCACAGAACAACAAGAUGCUGCGGACUCGUCUGCACGACCACGUUCCUCCUUGCUUGCCCUUCCUUGGGAUGUUCCUUACGGAUCUGACAUUCGUCGACAUUGGCAACCCUGCAACCAAGCAAAUCCCAACCCUUGGUGGCGAUGGUUCCGAGGAGAACGGCGGUGGUCUUACCGUCGUCAACUUCGAUAAGCAUACGCGCACUGCCAAGAUCAUCGGGGAGCUUCAACGAUUCCAAAUUCCGUAUCGCUUGACAGAGAUCCCCGAGAUGCAAGAUUGGAUGGCGGCGCAGAUUGUGCGCGUCCGCGAGAGCGACCAAGGUAAUGUCCAAGUCAGCUACUACCGAAAGAGUCUACUCUUGGAGCCCAGGGAGCUGGCGGUGCGAAUUCCCAUUGAGCCCCAGACCAGCAACACUAGCACCCAGGGCCGCGGCGAUCUCUUUGGCUGGAUGAGCCGAGAUCGAGGCGCACCGACACCUACCCCCAUGUGA